AUAAGCUUAGCUUUCUACCGUCUAGCAUCCUAAUGGCCAUCACAGCCGCUUUUCCAAAGGCAAAUCCUGAGGACUAUCCUGAAAACUUGGAGUUAAAAUUCCUCCAACUUGUUCACAGACAUGGCGAGAGAACACCUGUGAGAAAGAGAUUGGAAACUAUUGUUCCAAGUAUUUGGGAUAUGUGUCAAGCAAACGCCCAGAUGUUUGCCGUCAUUGCGUCGGUGACUGGAAAUACAGUUAAGCCAACAUUCACAGGCGUACCAUUGCGUCGUUUGGUUGAAACAGAAGUUGGUGAUGGAAAGCAAGUGACAAGCCCAGCAGGCGCUUGUUAUUAUGGCCAACUUACAAACGUUGGAAGAGCUUCUGUUACAAGAUUAGGCGCAAGCUUGCGUGACAUUUAUGUCAAUCGGCUCAAGUUUUUACCAGAAGAAUGGGACGAAAAGGCCUUCUAUAUCAGAAGUACUGAUUACAAUCGCACACAAGAGUCUGUUCAACAGCUAGUGUCUGCAGGCUUAUAUCCACCGGGAACACGAGAUGAAUCCUUCACCUUGAAAAUAAGAACUAGAGACCCUCGCGAUGACAACAUGUUCCCCAAUCCCUCGUGUAAGAGGCUACGACAGUUGACUAGAGAUUUCAACAAAACCGUUGCGGAACAAUGCAAACCGAAGUUGGAAAAGAUCUCUGAGAAAAUGCGCACCUAUGUACCUGAAGUAUCACUUGAUAGCCACCCCUCUGCAAAUGGAAUUCUUGAUACACUGGUUGCAGCUAAAGCACAUGGUUUCCAUCUUCCACCCGAUAUUGAUGAUGACCUUUUGGAGGAUUUAGCUGACGUUGUUAGCCAUGAAUGGUUUGCUGGCGCCAUGCAAUCAAAAGAGAUUAGCAGACUCAGUCUUGGACGAUUGAUGGGUGACAUUCGUGAUCGAAUGGUCAGAAAGGUAAAUGGAACUGAUAAGCAAGUUGGGGAGGAGAACCUUAAGAUGGCCAUCUACUCUGGACAUGAUACUACGGUUGCGCCAUUAUUGAUCAUCCUGGGUGUCUUUGAUAAAAGAUGGCCGCCAUUCACCAGCUCUAUCUUGUUCGAAUUGUUUAAAGAAAAGAAGCCUGAAUCAUCCAGCUGGUUUGGUUCUCUAUGGAAGAAGUCGGACGACGAAGACUACUAUGUUCGAGUACGAUAUCAAGAUAAAAUCAUGAAACUCCCUGGAUGUGCUGACACCGGUAAGCAUCACCCCAAUGGAGAUAAGAGUUUGUGUACGCUCGCAGCGUUUAGAGAAGCUGUCGACAACCAAAUCCCCAAGGACUGGGCUGAAGAAUGCAAAGCGUAAUUUUUGAAAUAAAAGAAUGUUUGGAGAAAGAAAAAUAUAGAAAUGACAACACCGCGCUUUGCCAAGCGUCGGAGCU